GAGCCCCACCGCCCAGUGUCCCGUACAGCGCGUGCGCUCCGGUUCCAUCGUCUCCUCGCGAACAUGGCGGCGCCUGGGCUCUCCAGCCGGGCCGGAUCAGCUGGCAGCAGUCCCACCGCCACACCAAACAGCACCAAACCUGUCCCGCGCCAACCCGAGCUGGACUUCAGGUCCGGUACCAGAAUCGAGGAUCUCAACCGACUAAUCGCCGAAUUCACCAAACACGAGCAGCGGGAGUAUGACGACCAGCGCGCGUUGGAGAUCCAUACGGCCAAGGAUUUCAUCUUCUCAAUGCUCGGCAUGGUGCAAAAGCUGGACCAGAAACUUCCGGUUGCCAAUGAGUACCUGCUGUUGUCAGGCGGGGUACGAGAAGGAGUUGUGGACAUGGAUCUGGAUGAGUUGAACGUAUAUGCUCGAGGGGCGGAUUACGACAUGGACUUCACGCUACUGGUGCCCGCGCUAAAGCUUCAUGACCGAAACCAACCGGUGACGCUGGACAUGCGACACUCAGCGCUGUGCCACUCCUGGCUCAGCUUGCGCUUGUUUGACGAGGUAACCAUCAACAAGUGGAAGGACUGCUGCACCGUAGUCGACCACAUUAACAGUGCCACCAACUACUUCUUUUCACCCACCCUAGUGGCCGACUGGUUUUACGAGUCCAUCAGCAUGGUUCUCGGAGAGAUCCAGAAGAAACAGCAACGUGGUGUUCCACGGGUCGAGAAGGUGGAGCGUAACGGGACGGUCAUUUCCAUUAUUUUGGGAGUUGGGGGUAGUCGGAUGUUGUAUGACGUUGUCCCGGUGGUGUCUUUUAAAGGUUGGCCCGCCGUGGCACAGAGCUGGCUGAUGGAAAACCACUUCUGGGAUGGGAAGAUCACGGAGGAGGAGGUGAUUAGCGGGUUUUAUUUGCUUCCUGCGUGUUCAUCCACCGGCCAGAAGGAAAACGAGUGGCGCUUGUCAUUUGCGCGCAGUGAGGUGCAGCUGAAGAAAUGCAUCUCUUCCAGUCUAAUGCAGGCGUACCAGGCCUGUAAAGCUCUGAUCAUUAAGCUUUUGUCUCGGCCCAAAGCCAUCAGUCCGUACCACCUGCGCUCGCUGAUGCUGUGGUCCUGCGACCGCCUGCCACACGCGUACCUUGGACAGGAAGACUACGCCGCUCACUUCCUGCUGGGGUUGAUCGAUGACUUGCAGCACUGCCUGGUGAAUAAAUCCUGCCCCAAUUACUUCAUCCCACAAUGCAACAUGUUUGAGCAUUUGAGCGACGACACUGUCAUGCUGCACGCACGCAAGCUGUCGUCCGUGCGCACCGACCCCGCCGAACACUUGCGGAGCGCCAUCGAACAUGCCAAAGCUGCGUCUCGCCUCACUCUGGAGCUGCAGUGGCGUGGCGGAGGUUCAAACCUCCCAUCUCCGCUUUCUGACCCCGGUGCCGACCAGCAACCGGACGACCGGCUAGCCAAGAAACUGCAGCAGCUGGUCACGGAGAAUCCUGGGAAGUCCAUCUCUGUUUUUAUCAACCCAGACGACGUCACGCGACCUCACUUUCGCAUCGAUGACAAGUUCUUUUGAAGCCACACCCUCCCUGACUUUUAUUUGGGUGCCCUUAAUUUGCUCUUUGUGGCCCCUGAAGGGUUUCAGAUAUAUUGCAAGCACACUGCUGUAUAUCACCCUGCAACGCAGGAGAUUGACAAGAGGUUGAGACUACUGAAUGUGUAUAUCAUGUAAGAAAGAGACACAAUCCUGUUUUAUUGCUGCCAGGUUAGUUAAGUUUGCGUAUUUGUUCCUUUCCGGUAUGGAUGCAAGUCAUUUUACUGGAAGGAAAGAGAUUGACCAAGAGAGCGUUUGAGGGAAGGAAGAGUUGUGGAAAACAGGAAAGCCGUAUAUCCGUUCAGAAGUGCAAUUAGACAGAAUGUGUUUAUACACUGUUGCUUUAUUUGUAUGAUCACCCUGUAACAUUAUACUGUAAACACGCUGUGUUAGACGUCACACCUCACUUACUUUUUUAAUACACACACAAAUACACUGAAUAUAUCUUAUGUGCAGUCUAUUUCACAAUCCGCUGCAGAAAACGAAUCACAUGUUAGCAUCAAAUCAAAGAAAAAACUGAGGAUUUGAUUUGAAACUUUUGUUUAGGACUCUCAGUCUUUUUUGCAUUGUGAUAUUGUGUUAAUUGUGAUAAGCAUACACUUUUUUUUUCAAUUAAUGUGCCCAAAUAAUUUUUUUCAAAUUAUGAUAAAUUAAAGGGAUAGUUCAUCCAAAAAUAAAAAUUCUGUUAUCAUUUACUAUCCCUUUAACUCUUUCCCCGCCAUUGACGAGAUAUCUCGUCAAUUAAGAGAAAACGCUUCCCCGCCAAUGACGAGAUUUUCCGUCUUUCCGCAAUACCGCUAUUAUCCACCAGGUGGCGCACUUCCGCAACUUUUUAAAACCGGAAGUAUUGCCCUAUGGCAAGCGGCUGCAUGUCCGUGUCUGUUUUAAAGAUCGCUCUGAAUGGGAUCUCUAUGAAAAGUCCGUCAUAAAAUUGGAAUUAUCUCUGCUUUUUGCUCAAAAUAUGGUGUUUUUGCAAAAACCUACCCAUAUUCAAAAGCUGAUUGCAAAAGAACCACUAAAGGUAGGAUGAAACGUUUUUUUUUGUUUGAAAGCAGAGGGUCUGUUCUUUCAUUUGGUAUAUUGUAUGUUUAUAUAUUUAAAGAAGAACAUUUUCUGGAAGGCAUUAAACUUUGGUGAAAAUCAUGAAAAACGCUGGUGCUGGCUGGCAACUUUUUUUUAAAAUGCUGGCGGUGAAAGAGUUAAAGGCACCACAAGUCAUUUUACCAUCAUGUUUGUUUCCGGUUGCAUUACAGAUUUGAAAUGAAUGGGUAAAUGUGUGCCUAAUUAUCAUGAUGUUAAAGGGACACUCCACUUUUUUUGAAAAUAUGCUCAUUUUCCAGCUCCCCUAGAGUUAAACAUUUGAUACCAUUUGUUACUGUUUUGGAAUCCAUUCAGCCGAUCUCCGGGUCCGGCGGUACCACUUUUAGCAUAGCUUAGCAUAAUCCAUUGAAUCUGAUUAGACCAUUAGCAUCGC